AUGGGCAACGGGCGGCCAACCGUGGUUGAAUUCUACGCUGAUUGGUGCCAGGUCUGUCGCGAGACUGCCAGAGACACACUCAAGGUGGAGCAGCAGUUCAGAAACGAUGUCAACUUCGUGUUUCUCAACAUAGACAACGUGAAAUGGGCGGCAGAGCUGGACGAGUUUGGGGUGGACGGCAUCCCCCACUACACCUUCCUUGACGGCGAGGGCAACGAGAUGGCGUACGUCGUGGGGAAGGUUCCCAGAAGAAUCCUCCUAGAUAAUGUGUCUGCUCUUGCUCAGGGCAGGCCGGAGCUCCCGUUCUCGCAAUUUAUUUCAGAAGCGUCAGAUGCUGCAUUGAGGCAGGCUCCCAGGGUUGUAGAUCCGAGAGACCAUGGGCCGUAA